AUCCGCCAGCACCGGCACCGGCUGUCAGCCGUCUUCAGCCGCAGCGUCUCUACGUUGGGCCGGGGGGAGGGCAUGGCCAGCGGCACCACCGUGACCGGGGAGGAGAACCUGGUGGCCGACGACCCCGCCGAGCUGUCCAAUCACGUGACAGCGCCGGGCAUACUGAAGAUUUUUGGCAAUGAGAUCUGUGAGGGGGCCAACUACAAGAGUGUGCUGGCCACGACCCACUCCAGUGCCAGGGAGCUGGUCAAAGAGGCACUUGAGAGAUACUGUCUGAGCAAAACGGAUGCUGAUUCCUAUGUGCUCUGCGAUGUGAUUGGCUGCAUUGGGGACCAUCAGUGGAGGACAGAGUGCCUCCGUGUCGUAAGUGACAAUGAGAAGCCACUUCUGCUGCAGUCGUUAUGGAAACCCAGAGAAGGCUAUGCACGCCGCUUCGAGAUUCAGAAGCGUGCCAGUGUGGAGGAGAGAACUUCCAAAGAGAAGGACACUGUCACCGCAGGCCUCAAUGCCCAGGCCCGUAAGCUGCAGAAGACCCGCUCGCGGGGGAAGUCCGUCUUCCUGGACAUGAUGCGGCACCGGAGCCAGACUGACAGCGGCCAGGCACUGUGGAGGAGCCGGAGCGAGGCGGACAUCGUGGCCGAGGAACCCGAGAGCCCCGACGGCAGCCCUGACAGCCCCAGCAGCCCCUGCGAGUUCGAGGUGGACCCGGGGGAGAGCAGCCCGUCUGCGUCGCGGGGUGCCGGAGCCGGGGCCGAGGAGGCCUACAAAGCUGCCCACUGUCCCAGUCACGAGCGGGAGGAGACGGAGAGCAGUGACGACAACGGCACACAGUACUUCAUUCACCCACCCUUCGACUUCCCCUACUUCCUGCUUCUGCAGGGCUACAGCGCCAGACAGGACUUCAUUAUUUAUCCAAUUAACGGGGAAAGCACUGUGUUUGGCCACAGUGCCAAUGCAGCUGUUGGUGAGAAAGAGUCAACGGCAGCGGACUUUUCACUCUGGGCCCCAGACAUUGCGCCUCAGCACUGUGGCAUCCAUCGUCUGCAGCCCGAUUCUUCACCCCCAGGAAAGGAGAAUGGUAAAGGGCCUUGCACUACCUCCGUGAAGCCCUUCCAGGGAGCUGUGGUCAAGAGGAACGGCGUCAGUGUUACUCAGGAAGCCUCGCUGCGCAACGGUGACCUCCUGGGCCUGGGCGAGUACUACCUUUUCAUGUUCAAAGAUCCCACCACUGCCGAAGGCCUGCUACCUUACUCCGAACUGAUCUCAGCGCAGAUGCCCGAGUCGCCGCUCGCGGAGCCGCUGUGCACCACCUGCGUCUCGUCCAGGACGAUCCCCUCCAGGAGACCGAGGGAGAAGGCUGAUGAUCUCUUGCCCUGUCUGAAGGGUUUUGAAGGCCAGGAGCUCUCCUUAGUCUACGACUCGGAGCACGAGGAGAGCGUUCUGAGGGAAGUUUUUUCGGUGGUGCCUGGACGUGAUGGAGAGCCCAAACUGACGCCGGCUCUCCUGCUGUGCCUCUGUCUCCAGCGGUCGGCCACACACUUCAGCACAGCCAGCCUCCGGAAACUUCUUUUGCGCAUCGCCAGUGAGGUCCAGACGACAGUAUGGCAAUGUGCAAAGGAGCUUGCUGCUGUCCAGCCAGAAAUGGCCAGUGCUAGUAGUCAAGACCCAGAAGAACUGCAGCCGCUGACUAUUGAUAAACUGGUCCCAGGCCUGCAGCCAUUGGUCCUGUGGAUGGCAAACUCCAUCGAGCUGCUGCAUUUCAUCCAGCAGGAAGUGCCUCUGCUCCUGCAUGGCCUGAUAUCUGAUGAGGAGGAGGAUUACAGGGAGGAAGAUGAGGAGGAGGAGCAUAUUGCACUGCUGGAGAUGCGUUUGUCUGCCGUGCGUCCAGCCAGCGAGGAGGCCAUGACGGUCCUGGAGGAGGUCAUUAUGUUUACGUUUCAGCAGUGUGUCUAUUACCUCACCAAGGUUCUUUACCCUUUGCUAUCGAGCGUGUUGGACAGCCACCCUUUCUCCGAGAGUGGACAGCUUCUUGUGCCUGAAGACCUCAGCAGUCUCCUGACCAUCCUCCAGAGGGCGCUACAGCUGGUGAAGGACUUCCAGGUGCACUGGGAGAUUGGCUCUCAGCUGCUUGCCUACCUCUUCUUUUUCAUCAACGCCUUCCUGUUCAACCUCCUCAUGGAGAGAGGUUCUGGAGGGACGUUUUACCAGUGGUCCCGCGGUGUCCAGAUCCGAGCCAACCUAGACUUGGUCAUGGACUGGGCCCAUGGUGUGGAGCUGGGAGAACUAGCUCUUGGCUGCCUUAGCAAGCUCUCCACAGCGGUCAACCUCCUGGCAACGCCAAAGGAACAUCUUCUCCAGGACACCUGGAGCUCCCUGCGGAAUGAGUUUGCCCAGCUGAACCCAGCACAGCUGCACCACCUGCUGCGGGAGUACAGUCCUGGUCGGGCCGGCCCAAUCGCUUGGACCCCCUGCACUGCAGAGGCCCAGGCCGCCUUCAGAACCGUGGACAUCCUGGAGAGUCUGGACAACCAUCCGCCCCUGGUUCUGCCCUGCAGCGGGUUCGUGCUGGAGCUCAGAAGUCCCGUCAGAGACGCUGAGCUGACGGAACAGGCCAAAAGGCUACAGGAGGUCAUCAACCGCCUUCCACCCGGUGGUGUGGAAAUGAACCCAGGUACCACACAGGACUCUGUAGUUCCCAUGGAGGCCAAAGUCACCAAGAUGGAGUCUCUUCCCAUGGCCCAGCUGGAGGUUGGGCAGGUGGAGCGGGUGGCGCCCCAUCACGACGGUGGCGACUUGUCUCCGGGCCCGGUGCGCUCCACUGAGCCUGGCUCAUGCAAAGCCCCUCUGAACCAGAAGUUGAUGAGCCCGGAGGUCCAGAACGCAGAGCCUCAGAACCUCAGCCGCCGCCACCGCAGCAGUAGAGGUCUGGCGCUGGACCCUGGACCCUGCUCACUCACCCCACCCACCACGCCACAGAGCCUCCGGCUGUCGGAGACAGAGGCGAAGGCCGAUCACCACGAGGAGAAUGAUCUACAGCACCGAAACGCCAGCCACAACCACAGCAGCGCGGGAACACACUUGAAAGACACUGUCUUUCCGUCUGCAGAGACAGUAAAGAUGGUGGCGGCGGAGGAGGAGGAGGAGGAGGAUGAAGAUGAAGACGAGGAUGAGGUGUUUGCUGUGGAGCUGCGGAGGGGAGUGUGUGGACUGGGCCUUGCCCUGGAAACUCCACUGGAAGUGGAUGGGAUUUACAUAAGGUCUAUCCUCCCAGGCUCCCCUGCGGCCCAGAGCCAGAGCCUGUGUCCAGGGGACCGCAUACUGGCCGUGAACGGAGUCAAUCUAGUGGGGAUGGACUACCACGGUGGGAGGGAUCUCAUUCGGCAGUCCGGCGAAAAAGCACGGCUGCUAGUGGCCAGGUCCACAUGGAGCGGCAGGAGCAGGGGGCCAAACCACUGCAUAAGCUGACAGUGACCACGGCUGCUGGACACAGAAUGACACACACACAUAUAUAUAUAUAUAUAUAUAUAUAUAUCCAUAAAACAAUUGUACA